AUGAAUAAAAGGAAGUAUGCUCUUGAGCUUAUAUCUGAAGUUGGUAUGGCAAUAGUCAAACCUACAAGAAAUCCCAUUGACAUCAAUAUUAAACUCACAUCAAACUUUUAUGAUGAACAUGUAAAUCAAGAACAUGAAGAGUCAGAGUAUCCACUGGUUGAUCAAAGAAUGUAUCAGAAAUUGAUUGGAAAGUUGUUGUAUCUAAAUAUAACAAGGCCUGAUAUAAAUUUCAGCACACAAACUCUAAGCCAAUUCCCACAGCAAGCUAAGAAGUCUCCUCUUGAUGCAACAUUAAGGGUAGUUAGAUACUUAAAGAAGCAACCUGGGCUAGGUUCAUUAUUAGCAAGCAAGUCAGAUGGACUAGUUACUACAUUUUGUGAUGUUAAUUGGGCUUCUUGCCGGCUAAACAAGAGAUUUGUAAGAGGAUACAUGGUAAAAGUUAGGCAUGUUAGCAGUAUUUUAGAAGUCCAUGGCUCUAUGUUCUCUGUUAGUGGUGCCCUGGUGCCCCUCUACUUAUUUAAUCAGCUUGAAGUUCAAUAG